AAAAAGUGCAGAAAAAGGGGAUAUUUCCAUUACUACAACUACGCCUCUACUUCUUCACUCACCUUAUCAUCGAUCGCUUCUCUUCUCCUCUCCAUCCUCCGCCGCCAAAACCACCUCGUAUGUUGCGUGCGAUUCACGAUUCUACUUCCUAGCUACAAACCUCUUUUUCCUCUCUCUACUGUUUCGUUUAAUUUCUCUUUUCUCGUCAAGCUUCCAUGUAUUGUUGUUUUCUUUCUUUCGGUGAUGAUUCAGGCUUUGAUUCGAGAAAGCCAGAGUUCUGCGAUUUCAUGUAUGCCGUUAAGUGUGAGAACGUCUUCAAUUGAAAGAAAGGUUCUACACUUUUUCGGUGAGUAACAGGUAAAGUCGAAUGGGUCGAUUAUGCGAUUUCUGCGGGGAGCAAAGAUCGAUCAUCCAUUGCAGGUCUGAUGCUGCUUGCUUGUGCUUAUCCUGUGACCGGAAUAUCCAUUCUGCGAAUGCUCUUUCGAAGCGCCACUUGAGGACUCUGUUAUGUGAAAGAUGCCACUCCCAGCCGGCGAUCACGAGGUGCAUCCAGGAGAGCACCUCGCUUUGUCAGGACUGCAAUUGGUCUGGCCAUGCUUCUGCACCGCCUUCAGAUGUUGAGCAUAAGAGGCAGAUGAUCAAUUUGUAUUCUGGCUGCCCUUCUGCAGCUGAUUUCUCCAGGAUCUGGUCCUUCUUCUCUGUUGAUAAGUCGAUUACCAAUCCUGAACCAGAUCCGAUGAAUCUCGAAACUCCCCCUCGAUGUGAACUGUCACAUGCGGAUUUCUGUACAGAAGAUACUGGUAUAGAGAUUAUAGCUCCCGAGGCUGAGCAAUUUGAUGGAAAGGGGCCAGUAGAUUCUAUGAACCCUAAGGCUUGUUCGCCGAAGAAAGAUCUGGGACCCACUCAGGAAACUCCCUGCCAGAACUUUUAUAUCUCCGACACAGAGUUGAGUUUAGACGACUAUGAAGCACUUUUUGACGAAUCUCGUGAUGAAACACAACAAUUUUUGGACAAUGGUGGAGCUGAUGGUUUUUUUGGGAUGCGUGAUAUGUAUGACAAUGAAUGCAAUGUUAAGGGUGUGACGACAAAGGCCUCAAGUUCGAAGGUUGAGACAUUGAAGCAGAAAUGUACUACUAGCAAUCAAUUAUCAGCUGAGUCCAUGACAAGCUGUAAAUCUGAUUCAAAUGAUUGUGUCCCAAGACCAGCACAAUCUACGCACUCAAUCUCUUUCUCAGGCCAGACAACCGAGUGCAAUGCCAGAGAUCUCCCAGAGAGUGGAGGAUUUUCAUCCGUAAUAAUGGAGGAACAUCAGUAUGAUAUUCAGUUUUCAUCAGCUGUGAGGGAUGAUGCAGUGUUACGGUAUAAAGAGAAAAGGAAGUCUCGCAAGUUUGAUAAAAAAAUAAGGUAUGCUUCACGCAAGGAAAGAGCUGAUGUCAGGAAGCGUGUGAAGGGCCGUUUUGUAAAAGCUGGAGAUCCAUAUGAUUAUGAUCCCCUGGAUGUGAUAAAAAACCAAUGAAUGACUCAUUCCUGAUGAUGCAUUUGAAGGCCUGAAAUAUAACUAUGAAAGAUGUAUUUGAAGGCCUGAAAUAUGCAUAGAGGAGGAGACUGAAGUGGUGUAUAUGCUAUUUCCAGGGGGAGCUGCCUCAUAACGAACAGGUUCAUGCCGCAUGUAUUCUUAGAGAUAGAGCUAGGCACCUAGUAAUUUAUUUUUGUCAUAAAAGAGGCAGCCUCCUUGGUGGUACUCAGGUUCCCCACUUCUACAGAUUUUGAAGUAUGUAGCUUGUUUUAUUACUGACACUGUAAUCUGAUACCAAACCCCUUCAUUGUAUGUAAAUUAUAGUCAUCAGGUAUGUACUUUGCCUAGCU